AUGGACAAAAUAAAGGAGCGACGACGACAAGAAAAUCUCAUCGUUAAUCAUUUUGAUAAUAACAAAAGAGAAAAGUUAUUAGAUACUUUACCUCGUCUAUUCUCAUUAACUAUUAUUCAUAAUGAUAUUGUUGAAAAUUUUAAUAAUCUUUGUCGUCAAAUAUUUUGUUUACCUAUGUUGAAAUAUUGUAAACUGUCAUUAGAAGGAUCUUUGACAUUCGAACCAUUACUUAUUUCGACUAAUAAAGGCAGUUCUAUCGAACAUCUUGUUAUUACAAAUACUUUUCAUCUUGAUCAACUUAAUGCUCUUUUAUCAUAUGUUCCUCAUCUUCGUCGUUUUUCAUUGCAUGAUCUUCAUAGAUCUCGUAAUCAGGAAACACAAACAUGUUCAAUAAAAUUAAACAAUUUGACACAUAUGGAUUUAAAGACAACUAUUACUUUUGAUGAAUUAGAAUUAACGAUGAUCAAAAAUUUUUUUCAUGAAGUUCAAGUUUUAUAUAUUUCAACAAAUUCUGAUAUAGCAUAUUUGGAUGCAAAUCGAUGGAAAAGAUUAAUUUUAUCUUAUAUACCACAAUUACGAAUUUUUGAUUUUCAGCAUAGAAAUAUGAUAGAAAAUAGCAAUAAUAAUAACUAUGAUAAUAUGAUUAAUCGAUUCUAUUCUUCAUUUUGGUAUGAACAUAAAUGGUUUUUUGUGCAUCAUUUUUAUAAAGAACAGAAUGUCAAUGAAAUAAUCUUCUAUUCCAUAAAUCCAUACAGAAGAAAAGAAUACACAUUGUAUGAACAAUUGAACACAAAUAUUCCUUCAUAUCUUCAUAAAAAUGAUGUAAAUUCAGUUGAUCAUGUUAAUAUCCAUGGUGAAAAAGCCACGAAGAAUUGUCUUAGUUAUUUUUCAAAAGCCAUGAAGCUCACUCUUUCUCAUAGUUUUGCUGAAAGCCGUAUCUGGCUUGGACUUAUUCUCAAUCAUAUUGUUCCUUUGAAACAAUUGACUACGCUAAUUAUUGACUGUGGCGAUUUUCGAUUUGAACAAUUGAUCAAUGUAUUACGUUUCACACCUAAUAUUCAUACAUUAACACUUAACUGUCAAUCAAUCACACAAACAGAUUCGAAAUUAAUUCAACAGGGUGAACCGUUUCGAUUGACAUCUAAUGCAAAUAGGAUUAUCAAUGUCACUAUUAAAGAAAAUUAUUCAUCAGAGAGUAUCAAACUACUUGUUGUUCUAUGUCCUCGAAUACAACAUCUUACAAUUGAUACAUAUUCACUUGAUCUUGAAUCGAUUAUGCGCUUUAUAUUAUCAGAAACUAAAACCAGUAUUAGAGAUUUAUGUUCAAUAUGUACAAAAAAUACGGCUAUAUUAAUGGAUGAAAUACUGAAGAGACUUAUCGAUUCAGAAGAAUUGUUUCCGAAUUAUUUAAUUGACCUGGUUGCUACAGAUUUAUAUAUAUGGUGGUAG